GACAGGCCGGCUCCGUUGGAAACCAUCUCCUCCGUCAACGAUCAGAAUUAUCUCCUCCUUCCUUGUGCUUCUUCUUCUUCCUUCCCCCUCUCUUUCUCCCCCCUUUCCUCGAUUUCCAUCUGGUCUAAAGAUCCAAGCCAAAAUCAGUAGUAAGAAAUCGUACUCCACUUUUGCCGGCGUGGUUGCCGAUGGGUGUUGAAUGGUUCUCCAACAUCUUUGUUCUCAUCGAUUGUUGAUUCUCUUGCAAAUCUGAGGGUAGCAAUUCAGCUUACAGAAAAUUCGUUAAUUGAUCUCAUCAGCGCGUAUUCUGCAGCUGCGAGCAAAAGCAUCCAAUCUUAGGCAAGCUUGUUUUGGCUUUAAACUCUAUAGCUUCUUAGGCUUCUGGGUUCUGUGUUGAAUUGAAGAUUUUGAAAUAAAGCUAUAAUCUUUACCAUAGUCAUGUACUUGGAAAAGGGAUGUUCUUUGAUGUUAAAAAGUCCACAAAUCUUCAAUCCCAUUUGCAUUUAACACAAACCCACUUCUGAACCCCAAUACUGAAUCCCAAAUGGAGCAAAACCGGACCCUUCUUGAAGAAUCCCAAAUGAUACAUAGAUUGAAACAUGAACCCAGCAUUGCGUCAGCCCUGCAUUAUUUCAAACACAUAGCCAAUUCAAAUGCCUUUAAACACACUCCAGAGACAUACUAAUUCAUGAUCAAGAAGCUUGCCAAGGAGUCUGAAUUGGAUGGUGUUCAGUAUCUUUUACAUCAAAUGAAGUUAGAAGGACUUAGCUGUAGUGAAGAUUUGUUUUUGACUGUGAUUGAUUCUCAUAGGAGAAAGGGGCUUGGCCAAGAAGCUUUGAGAAUUGAGAAUAGGUUUAAGAUGAUUAAUCCAAUGUAUCAAAAUAUGAAGAGUGAUGGUUUGGAGCCUAACAUGUUCAUAUAUAGUAUUCUCUUGAAAGCACCAUGUAAGAACAAUGAGGUAGAUGCUGCCUAUGAAAAGCUUGUGGAAAUGUCAAAAGAGGGGUGUUCUCCUGACAUGGUGACCUAUACAACUUUAGUAUCUUCUAUGUGUAAGCUUGGCAAGUUAGAUGAAGCAAGGAGGAUUGCACUUAGACAUCAACCAGUUGAGGCCUUUGGUUUCUUAGUUGAGAUGGCAGAGUAUGGUCUAGAUCCUAAUGUUAUCACUUAUUCAACUAUUAUCAGCUCUCUUUCUGAUGUAGGGAAGCUUGAGAUGUCCCUGGCAAUGUUGGCCAAGAUGUUUGUGAGAGGAUGUGGCCCCAACAUCCACACCUUUGCUUCAUUGAUGAAGGGCUAUUUCCUGGCAGGAAGGGUACAUGAAGCUCUUGACUUGUGGAACCGUAUCACUGGAGAGGGAUUUGUGCCCAACGUUGUUAUGUAUAACACUCUAAUUCAUUGCCUUUGCUACAAUGGGAAUAUCAGUGAGGCUGUAUCUGUCUCCUGGCAGAUGGAGGAAAGUGGGUGCAAUUCAAAUGCAACUACAUAUAGUUCUCUUAUUAAUGGCUUUUCAGAGUCUGGUUUGUGUUGUAGUGGAAGAGUAGAGUGGGCAAUGAAGGUGCUUGAUCUAAUGGGGGUUUAUGGGUGCUCAACUAACACCAUAACAUUUAAUGAGCUAUUGGAUUGUCUUUUCAAAGAAAAUAGAUUGGAAGAAGCUCUUGGGCUUGUCAAGGAGAUGGAAGCAAAGGGGAUGGAAUGGAAUUUGGUAAAUUAUAAUACCAUUUUGUCUGGAUUUUCUCAUGCUGAUAUGCUAGCAGAGGCACUGCAGCUUCUUGGGAAAAUGCUUGUGUGGGGGAUAAAGCCUGAUGCUAUCACACAUAAUACAAUAAUUUUUACCUACUGUAAUCAGGGUCAAUUUAAGACUGCCAUCCAACUUUUUGAUAGAAUGUCAGCAGUAGGUGAUUGGCACCCAGACAUAGUAUCAUAUGCUAGUAUUUCAUGGGGAAUUUGUGAUUGGAUUGCUGUAGAAGAAGCACUCGUUGUGGAUGUUGGACUUGAAUUUGAUGAGUACUCAUCUCCAGCUAGGACACUGCCCAUGAUUUUGCCUGGACACCCAGUUCUCUCGGGCUACAACGAGUUAUACCAUGUGGGUUCACCUUCUCCACUGCCCAUUCAUGCAACAAUCCUUGGAUAACUGCAUCCUGCCCAGACUCCACUCUCAAACUCAAAAGCCCUGCAACCAGCUGAAAAAAAUCCCUGAGGCGUGCCUUCUUAGGAGAAUGGUCAUUUCGUUGCAUUCCAAAAUCCUUGAACAAGGGUAUACCCAUUCUCUCAACACAGGCAUAUCUGGGUAAUUAAUAAAGGAAACCAACUGGA